AUGGAUUUCGUCCCCCUCACGAGCUUCGAGUUCUUGAACUCGCUUCUCCAGGGCGUCGAGGCGCAGGGCUGCCUCAUGACAGUGCGGGUGGAGGCGUUCACGUGCCGCUCCACACGCAAGAAAAGGCAACUCGCCGCGUCCAUGGCGCAGUACGCCAACGCCAACACGCCGCCUCUCGCGCCCACCUGCCAAGCAAACCUGCCGCCGCCGCUCAUGCUGGGCGCUGGUCCGCCGGUCGCGUUUGAACACGUCGACCCAGAGGACAUUGACGAGCGGCUGGNCCUGCCGCCGCCGCUCAUGCUGGGCGCUGGUCCGCCGGUCGCGUUUGAACACGUCGACCCAGAGGACAUUGACGAGCGGCUGGUGUACCUCGUGGCCGCGCUGAACAGUAUCUACGGCGACGACGGCUACGACUUCUCUGUCCUCACCGAGGAGGACUUCGUGGUCUGCGACGAGGCGCAGGUGCGGGCGGAGGUGGACGUGACGCUGCAGUCCAUGUCCGAUGCGUGCAGGCCGGCGGUGGGGCAAUUUUGGACGCUCGUUGGCGAGCAGGUGGGUGACGCGAGCCAGGGCUGCGAGUACUUCCGCUUCGUGUGCCCCAGCUGCGACCCCAUGGCGUCGCGUGCGCUCUUCUCGCAGCAUUACUUCCUCUACAACAAACGCACACGGCUGCUUGUGUCGCUGCUGCUGUUCGCGGAGGGCAACGCCUACCGUGGCGACGAUGGCUGCAUCGCCGGCAACGGGUUCUACGUGGAGAGCGAGGACGCCGCGGCGGAUAGCAGCAUCAGUAGCAGUAGGGUGCGGCGUGGCGGCCAGGAGCCAUUGUCGCUGGAGGACGAGGUGGGCGGCAAGAACCGCCACUUCUACUACGGCUCCUGA